CCGGGGCCGGCGGCUGCCGCGGGGCGCGGCGCGGCGAGCCGGCGCUGCCGAGCUGUCACCGUGAAAUCCCUCUGAGCCUGGUGACAGUAGUGGACUAAUGGGGCUGAACAACAAUCUCGAUCUCUAAAGGAGAGACCGGUGAGUGAUGUGGACCUAACUGAUGUUAUGAAAUGCAAAAUCCAUCCACACAAGAGGAGAGGAGCCCUCUAGGAAUAGCAAUUGGAGACAACCUGCUGCACUCUGAUUCUCUGCAAGACAAACAUCACUAAAGCCCAGCAGCAAGAAAGAAGGAGUUCUUCAUGACAAAAUGACAGCAAGAGAGAACAGUCCCCGCCAUGGUGCAAAAUCCCGCGGUGUGCAGCGGGCCUCCACCAUUGACGUCACGUCGGACAUGCUAGGCCUUUCUUUAGCAGGGAACAUUCAGGAUCCAGAUGAGCCGAUUUUAGAGUUCAGUUUAGCUUGCAGUGAGCUGCUAACUCCGUCGCUAGAUCGAAAACCAAAUAGUUUUGUAGCAGUGAGUGUAACUACACCUCCUCAGGCAUUCUGGACGAAGCAUGCACAAACAGAAAUUAUUGAGGGAACAAGUAAUCCUAUCUUUCUAAGCAGCAUUGCCUUUUUCCAAGAUUCUCUCAUCAAUCAAAUGACACAAAUCAAACUCUCUGUGUAUGAUGUGAAAGAUAGAUCUCAGGGAACAAUGUAUUUAUUGGGUUCUGGGAUGUUCACUGUAAAAGAACUUCUUCAGGAGAGGAAUCACAGGUUGCACAUAACACUAAGGUCCACCUCCAAAAAAAUUUCAACGCAGAGUGUUUGUUGCAGGUCUGCUGAAAGUGACCGUGUAGGUAACAUUACAGUUAUUGGAUGGCAAAUGGAGGAAAAAACUGACCAAAGGCCUCCGGUGACAAGGUCACCUGAUACGAUUAACGGAAGGAUGGUAUUGCCAGUUGAUGAAAGUUUAACAGAAUCUUUAGGAAUCAGGUCCAAAUAUGCUUCAUUGCGGAAAGAUGCACUGCUGAAAUCUGUGUUUGGUGGUGCCAUUUGCCGGAUGUAUCGCUUUCCCACGACGGAUGGAAACCACCUAAGAAUCUUGGAGCAAAUGGCCGAGAGCAUACUGUCGCUGCACAUCCCCAGGCAGUUUGUGAAGCUUCUUCUAGAAGAAGAUGCAGCAAGGGUUUGUGAACUAGAAGAGCUAGGAGAGCUCUCUCCCUGUUGGGAAAGCCUUCGUCGACAAAUAGUUACUCAGUACCAAACAAUUAUAUUAACCUAUCAAGAAAAUCUAACAGACCUGCAUCAGUAUAAAGGUCCUUCAUUUAAAGCCAGUAGCUUGAAAGCUGAUAAAAAAUUGGAAUUCGUUCCCACGAAUUUACAUAUACAGAGAAUGAGAGUCCAGGAUGAUGCAGGAUCAGAUCAGAACUACGACAUAGUCACCAUAGGAGCACCAGCAGCUCAUUGUCAAGGCUUUAAAUCAGGUGGCUUGCGGAAAAAGCUGCAUAAAUUUGAAGAGGCAAAGAAACACAGUUAUGAGGAGUGUUGCACCUCAACAAGUUCCCAGUCUAUAAUCUACAUCCCACAAGACAUCGUUAGAGCAAAGGAAAUCAUUGCACAAAUCAACACUCUGAAAACUCAAGUCAGUUACUAUGCAGAAAGGCUCUCAAGAGCUGCCAAGGAUAGAUCAGCUAAUGGCCUUGAAAGAACACUUGCCAUCCUGGCAGACAAGACCCGGCAACUUGUCACAGUCUGUGAUUGCAAGCUGUUGGCAAAUUCAAUACAUGGACUGAAUGCUGCUAGGCCAGAUUAUAUAGCUUCAAAGGCAUCUCCAACCUCUGGAGAAGGGGAACAAGUGAUGCUGAGGAAUGACCAGGAUACACUUGUGGCCAGAUGGACAGGAAGAAAUAGCCGAUCUUCUCUGCAGGUGGAUUGGCAUGAAGAAGAAUGGGAGAAAGUUUGGUUGAAUGUUGACAAAAGUCUGGAGUGUAUUAUACAGAGAGUGGACAAACUUCUCCAGAAAGAGCGCUUGCAAAGCGACAGCUGUGAAGACGUUUUCCAAUGCGAUAUCAGCUGUACUAGUAAAAAAGGUAAUCGGGACACUCGCGCCUACUGGAUAAAUCCAGAAGAUUUAAAUGAGACCUCAUCUUCACCUUCAUCAUCCUCACCUUCAUCAUCCUCACCACCAUCUUCAUCCACACCAUCCUGUGCAUGCCAUUCUCUCAGAAACACAAAUUGCAGCCCCGCUCCAGAAGAAUCCAGCCCAGGUGAAUGGAGUGAGGCUCUUUACCCCUUGCUGACAACACUCACAGACUGCGUAGCCAUGAUGAGUGACAAGGCAAAGAAAGCCAUGGUCUUUUUAUUAAUGCAGGACAGUGCUCCAACAAUAGGGCUGUGCCUGAGCCUUCAGUAUCGCAGGGAUGUUGUCUUCUGCCAAACUCUGACAGCUCUUAUUUGUGGUUUCAUUAUCAAGCUGAGGAACUGCCUACAUGAUGAUGGAUUUCUGAGACAACUCUAUACCAUUGGCUUGCUGGCGCAGUUUGAGAGCCUGCUGAGCACUUACGGUGAGGAGCUGGCAAUGCUGGAGGACAUGAGUUUGGGAAUAAUGGACUUGAGGAAUGUAACCUUUAAAGUAACUCAGGCCACAUCAAGUACAUCUACUGACAUGCUGCCAGUCAUCACUGGAAAUCGUGAUGGAUUUAAUGUGAGGAUCCCUUUGCCAAGCGCCUUGUUUGAUUUGCUGCCGCGAGAAAUUCAGAGUGGCAUGUUACUGAGGGUUCAGCCUGUUCUUUUCAAUGUGGGAAUCAAUGAGCAGCAAACCCUAGCAGAGAAGUUUGGAGACACCUCACUUCAAGAAGUAAUUAACAUGGAAAGCUUAGUCCGGUUGAAUUCAUAUUUUGAACAGUUCAAAGAAGUUUUGCCUGAUGAUUGUCUACCUCGAUCUCGUAGUCAGACAUGCCUGCCUGAACUGUUAAGAUUUCUGGGGCAAAAUGUACAUGCAAGGAAAAAUAAGAAUGUUGAUAUCCUUUGGCAAGCUGCUGAGAUAUGCCGCAGACUAAAUGGUGUUCGCUUUACAAGCUGUAAAAGUGCCAAGGAUAGGACAGCCAUGUCGGUCACCCUAGAGCAAUGUUUGAUCCUACAGCAUGAACAUGGGAUGGCUCCCCAGGUCUUCACCCAGGCUCUGGAGUGUAUGAGGAGUGAGGGUUGUCGACGAGAAAAUACAAUGAAGAAUGUUGGAUGUCGCAAGUAUGCAUUUAAUUCCCUGCAACUGAAGGCUUUCCCAAAGUAUUACAGGCCUCCAGAAGGAACUUAUGGAAAAGUUGAAACAUAAGCAUAUUAUGUCCUUUAAUUGCUGUUCCAUUAAAACAUGUGGAUACACUCUAGAUUAAUAUAUGAUUUUGUCAUCCAGAACAGAUAAAUAACUUUUUUGUACGCUUCACUAGAUUAUAUGGAGCAUGUUACUUAAAGAAUUGGAAUCUAUAGUAACAAUUAUUCUGACACCUUAGCUUGAGAAUAGUGAUGACUCUGCCCAUUUAAAUAGCCUUCAGUGUAUGUAAGAUGAACAGAUAUUUUACCAUGUAAUAAUUACCUAUAUGCAAAUAGCUAGGCUCCUCCUGGAUGGCAAGGACUUUAUGAAUGGCAUUUAGGCAGCUGUUUCGCAUAACAUCUUUUAUACUGAGUUGACUUGAGAUUGAGCUUUUCAUAAACUUUUUAAAACUGAGAGUAAAACUCAAAAGUUGUAAAUAAAAAGGGAUUGGAUCCUAGACAGUCUAAUAACUGUAAAAUGCAUUGUUACAAUCAAGAAACAGAUGUUUAACUUAAAAAAAAAAAAAAAAAAAAAAGAAGAAGAAGAAGAAGAAAAAAGUCAGCACAAUAAAAGCUGGGAGUUUGAAAUGUUUUGCUGUAUAUAGGAUACCAUCUUCAUAUAUGAACUUAAUACAUAUAAGGCCAGGCAUAUGAGGUCUAGUUCUGUCUAAAUCAAAGACAAAAUCCCAUUGUUUUCAGCAGCAGAAGACUUGGGCACACAUCUUAACUGAUUUUAAGAGAUGUUUCAAAAAUAUGACACUUUCUAAACCAUUAAUGCCAGCAAGAGUUACCUCUGCCCUUCCCAACCAUAAUUAAAGUGCAGCAACCAAGUUGCUGAUGUUGCAUAUGAAAUGUUCAAUAUGUUUCAAUAUGUAUCAUAUAAUAAUUAACAUAUUUUUACCCAUAGCAUUUUAUAUCACUUCUUUAUUGUAAGUGUUAAUAUCAUGGGGAUUUAUGGGGUUUUUUUUGACUGGCAUUUUUAAAUUUUUGCAUUAUCUGGCAAUACAAAAAUUUUUGAAGCGCCCAACACAUACUAGUUACUCCAUAACAAAAAAUGGUUCCUGUUUAGCUUUGCAUUUUACCUUACUAGACUCUGUUCAGAAUCAUGUAUAGGAAAUACAGCUAUUUUCAGAAUAUUUCUGAGGAAGGUAGCAAUGGCCUAUUUUGAAACAAAGUAACUGCUAAUGUGUUACUGCUAACCUGUGAGAACUUCAGCUGUGUUCAAGCUCAUGACUAAGGUGACUAGUUGAGCAUUUGAUAAAAAAACUUUCAGGAGACCUCCUUGAAAAUAGUCAUCUCCCAAAGAUUGCCUUUGAAUAUGAGAUUCCCUUUUAAGACACAGAUAAACAUUAAUUUCCAAAUUUUACAGACUUAAAUCAUCUCUAGCUAGUUUAAUUCAGCCCAUUGUGCUUCACUUCUAAGGAUAUAAACUUUAGAAUAGAGAAAUCUGGUUAUUUAUUGUUGUGAGAGUAGCAACAGCCAGGUAAGUAUACGGCUGUUUUCUGAUUUCUUUCUGCCUCUCACUGAUGUUUGUCUGUGCUGUCACUGCUCUAUCAGUCAUGUUCAUUCUGCUCCCAUAUAGGUUUGGGGGUUUUAAGUACAGUGGUUUUUGCAUUUUGCUUUUUGCAGUUUAACACUGAGCAGCAUGUCACUAAGCCAGUUUAGAGAGUUCUGCUGAACUAGGUUGUUACCAUUAUUUCAGUCAUUAUAGGAGAACAAACCAAUUUCUGUGCAAAAUCAAUGUAUUUCUAGUACCUAUACCAGUUCUGAACAAAUAAUCUGUAGUAGAACAGUCCCUUGGAAACUUAGAAACUCUGCUUUGCAGGUAAUAAACUACUGCAUUUUUUUUUUUACUAAUAUGUAAAACAAAUGUAUGGUGAAAAACUUUUUUAAAAGAUCUCUUCAGACGUGUUACUCCAUUAGUUCUGCUCAACCUUCAGUCCCUGGUGCAUUAUGAAAUGCUACAUUUAUUUUUGUAUAAACUAUACUCUUUAUAUCCCUUUGUUUUUAUUAGUUGAUAAUUUUAUUUUGUAUAUUUCAAACAGAUAGUUAAUUAUAUAUUUUAAAUCUUAUAUUGUUACACUGAAAAUCUUCUUCCAGUGUUCACCUUCAGAAGAAAAUCAUAUGAGAUCUGUUGUAACAAUUAGCAGAGCCACCCACUGAUAUUGUGGCCAAUAAUCAUUAGAUCCACUCUAGAGCUUAGUGAUCCUUUAUUUAUUUUGUAUACCCAUCCAAACAGGAAAAGUUCCCAAGCUUUGUAUGUGCACAGUGUUUGCUCACCUUUUUAAAGUGGCAGAAUAUCAGUCUCAAGUACUGCAUUAUUUUGUUUAAACUAUUCUGAUUUCAGUAUACUUACAUGUAAAGCACCAUUGUUCAGCUAACAUUUUAAAUAGUCUACAUGGUCAGUACAUGCACAUCGGUGGGCUUGUUUAAAGGGUAUAAAGAACAGUAAGAUCUUGAGCAGUUCAUCAAAAAAGAAAAACUGUGAAACUUUAAAUCUGUAUAGGAAACUUCACAAGGGUGAAGUAAGUUUUACUAUUGCACAGAAGGCAAAUUUAAGGAUUACUGUAAAAUGAAGUUCUGUCUGUUCUUUUUGAGUACAUUUUUUAAAUUAUAAAACAUACAAAGGUUAAAAAAAAAGAAAACUGUUGCCAAGUAUGUUCUGUGUAUGUUCUGUGAAAGUACCUACAGCACAGUUGCCUUUUGUUCCACUUAUACAUGUAAAAUUAUUGUAUAAUACAACACUGUUUUGUCCCAACAUAAUUGUAUUUGCCAAGCUUUCUGCAUUGACAUAUUUUUAUUUAUUUGGUUUUGGGCAGUAUUAAUAUAUCAUAAACAUAUCGCUACUGUUUUAUAUAUUCCUAGUUCAUCCACUCCAUGUAUGCUGUAAAUGUGCUAGUCUUUAGAAUGAAAACAAAUAAAGAACUGACAAGAAUACCAAAAUGGUGGCUUACUUUCAAUGCAUUUGUGGUAAAUAAAACGUACUCUCUCAAA